GAUGCAAGUCUCCUUCGUGUGCUCGGACCACAACAUCAAGAACCGGAGCGCGGAGGACAGGCUCAACCGGCAGAAUGCCAGCAGUCCCAGCACGCGAGGCCGGUUCCGCACAGUGGCCAUGGUGGCUCGCAGCCUGGGGCACCUCUCAAUGCAGAGCGCCCCGUCCUCCAGCGACUCCAGCGUGAAACAGCCUGGCAUGAAAUAUAGAAACCUCGGAAAGUCGGGACUGCGAGUUUCCUGCCUCGGCUUAGGAACAUGGGUGACGUUUGGAGGCCAGAUCACGGACGAGAUGGCAGAGCAGCUGAUGACCCUGGCCUACGAUAACGGCAUUAACCUCUUUGACACGGCUGAAGUCUACGCAGCUGGGAAGGCUGAAGUCGUAUUAGGGAAUAUCAUCAAGAAGAAAGGAUGGAGACGUUCCAGCCUGGUGAUAACAACCAAAAUCUUCUGGGGAGGAAAAGCCGAGACAGAGAGAGGGCUUUCGAGAAAGCACAUUAUAGAAGGCUUGAAGGCUUCAUUAGAACGGCUGCAGCUUGAGUACGUGGACGUGGUGUUUGCCAAUCGGCCAGACCCCAAUACACCCAUGGAAGGGAACCCUUUUAGCUCUUCCAAGUCACGAACGUUCAUCAUAGAAGAGACGGUCCGAGCGAUGACCCACGUCAUCAACCAGGGAAUGGCCAUGUACUGGGGGACAUCACGCUGGAGCUCGAUGGAGAUUAUGGAAGCUUAUUCAGUGGCCCGGCAAUUUAACCUCAUCCCGCCCAUCUGUGAGCAGGCUGAGUACCACAUGUUCCAGAGGGAGAAGGUAGAGGUGCAGCUGCCAGAGCUUUUCCACAAGAUUGGAGUGGGUGCCAUGACAUGGUCCCCAUUAGCAUGCGGCAUCGUCUCGGGGAAAUACGACGGUGGGAUCCCGCCCUACUCGCGAGCCUCUCUCAAAGGGUAUCAGUGGCUGAAAGACAAAAUCCUGAGUGAAGAAGGGAGACGGCAGCAAGCCAAGCUGAAGGAACUGCAAGCCAUCGCGGAGCGCCUGGGCUGCACCCUGCCCCAGCUUGCCAUCGCCUGGUGUUUGAGGAACGAAGGGGUCAGCUCAGUUCUGCUGGGGGCUUCCAAUGCAGACCAGCUAAUGGAGAAUAUUGGAGCAAUACAGGUUCUUCCCAAACUGUCCUCUUCCAUUAUCCACGAGAUCGACAGUAUUUUGGGCAAUAAACCCUACAGCAAAAAGGACUACCGAUCAUAAUCGGGGAAUCCCGUCCACCUGGACUUUUUCCUCCCAAACUCCUCGCCUCUCCCGUUUGCUUGCUUAAAGCUUUAUCGAAGCCGAGUGAAGAGUACGGUUCGCGUCCAAGAAACUACAGCAAGCCCCAAGACGGUCCAGCGAAACCGUUUUCGAAACGUCACAUGAGACAACCAUAGGCUUCUUCAACUUAACUUCUAAUAUUUUUUAAUGCAAGAAACGCAGGUGGGGAAAGGCCAUGAAGGGACUUGAAGUUGAGCCCAGCUUCCUUUUGAAAGGAAAAACAACUCUGAUCUUUCUCUCUUUCUUGCUUUCUCUCUCUCUCUCUCUUUCUCCCCCCCCCCCUUGGCUGCUCUUUUCAUCCAACAAAGAUGCGCACACACAGAGAGAGGAUGUUGCAGGGUUUAAGGCACCAAGCGCUUUCUUCCUGCAGUUUGACUAGUCAGACCCAGUUCCUUCCUACUUUAUUUUUAUUUUAUUUUCAGCUGGGCAGACUUAAAGCAAUGGUCAAGUAAAACAUUCAUGCCCCAGCAGUCUGACUAGAAGACCUCCAAGGAACGUACGCGCCUUGGGUGGCCUUCCAAGCAUGCUAGAAACAGUUUCUGGGGGGUGACGGCACACCUCCUCCGCAACCCUGUCCCUCUUCUUUGAUUCCAAUUUUGUUUUUAUCACUGAGAUGGAGUCAAAGUGAAUCAGCCAAGACCGCUGGUGAGUAGCCGUGGGAAGUUGCGAUCCACAAAGUUCCCACGGACUGCGCCACGGGGCAGCCUAUCGAUCCCUGAGCAAAACAGUUUGUGCUUUAUCUAGUGCCUAAGCCUGGCCUUCUGUUGGGGCCGGGCACAGCAACCAAGUGGACCCGGCGUGUGCUUGACCGCUGCCGUGGCAGAGUGCUGUCUUCCUCAGCCAGACGGGUGCUGAAGCAGAAGGCCAGCGGUGGAGCUGAGAUGGAGAGAUCGGACAGGCCGAGGGUACAGACCUGAGUGUGGCUGGCUGGCUGGGGAGGGUGCCACUCAGCAGCCCACCCUUGGUCCCCAACCCCCUCUGCCAGGACAGGCCCCCCCGCCACCCGCCUUUUCCUGAGCCCCCUUGGUCCUGUCCAGUUCACGUCCCCCACAAAUCACUCCACGGCCUGUGCUUUUGAGACGGGCUCAAGAGCCAGGACCAGUGUCCUUUGAAGCCAGACCUUCCCCCACGCGUUCAGUCUAAGGCUCGAGAGAGAUGCCCUCCCUCUCCCCCACUGAAGCCUUGGCGCCAGCCGAGUGGUGAGAUGACUGUAGCGACAUCCUCAGAGGCUUCUGUUCAGGCCGUUCUCUGAGGAAAGAGCCACAUCAGUUCAGUCAGACAUGCCCAGGCCCCAGGGAGAGCCACACCGGGGUGGGAAGGGAGCAGGCCGUCCGCCUGCAUCGUGUCUGUCUCGCUCGAGGUAGCGUUGAAGCUGCAGAGGGAGCCAUCGCGGAAAGCCAGGCAGCUCCUCUCCCGGAGCAGGUAUCGCAUGGAACGUGCCUUAGUUGGAAACCAGACAGGACUUUCCUCUGGGAAGGGAGGAAUUCAACCCCACCCUGAAAUUAGUUCUGGUCUGAAGUGUUGCAUCUUGUCCAGCGUGUGUGUGUGUGCGCGUGUGUUGACUUGUAGCAACCAAACUAUUGCAAGUAAUAACGAAUGGGGAAGGGAGCCCCGAUCCCUUUGUUUUUGGCAGCCUGAAAAGUAAGAGGAUGCCUGCACUCCUCGUCGCCGCAGAUUUCAUGCCUUUCCGCCUGUCUCCCAGCCCAGCCUCCCUAGCAAUUGCACUUCUAGGGCCCGGCCGACACACCAUGCGGCAGCAAACCCAGGCUUGCCCUGAGAACUGUGCUCCACAGACUUGCGUUUGCCCACUUUCUCACGUAAAUGCUUUUUAAAUGGCGCACCUCCAAAGUCUUCAGCAGGUCUGAACGCGGACGUGCAAAGCCACCCACAAUCCCAUGCAAGGGCUUCUGCAGACUGCCGGCUUCACCAUCGGUUUUUCAGAGGCAGAGCGAACAAGGGAGUGCCGCUUGUGACCGGCACCGAGGUCCUCCUCCUUCCUCUUCUGCUUAAAAGAAACAAACCAGUUUAGCAGGCUUUUGUUUCACAAAACCUGCCAGAUCUGUUUGACCUAAGAUGGCAAAAGCAAUGCACCAUGGGAAACGAUACCUCUCUCAAUCAGUUUUUUAAACUCCCUCGCAAACCAUGGUUCCAUUAUUAGCAGGGGUGAGUUUUGUAUUCCCUGCGAUGCUCUGAUUCCACCCGUGAAUGAAAAGAGCCUUGCCACCUUUCUUGCCAUUGCUAUGGGCAUUGCGCUUUCUGAGCAAUUUGUGUUUACCUCCCCUGACAGUCGUGGGCAUCCCUUGUUUUAUUCCUCCCCCCGUUGCCAUCGUGUCGGUGGGCCCUUUAUAGAAUGGCCACUUCUUCAUGCGAGUGUAAAGGUGUGAGUUGGAUGGUCAACCAACAGGCAAAUCAGACAAGAUUCUCAGAGUUCCUUAUCCAGGGCAUCCAACAUUUUUUAAAAUUUCAAUCCCCAGACGUAGGGGACGG